UCACAAUAUUUAGUUUUCAGCAUCAGAAUCCACAAUAUUGAACUCAUUGACAACAUCAGCCCUUCCUGCUCUUCAAGUGCGAAGACAAGAUUUCAGUUCUGAAUGUGCACACACACAAAUACACAAAUCUCCAUGGCAUUUGCGCUUGAUCUGGGAUGCUUGAUCUGGCUUUGAUGUGGGAUGCAUCCUAGCAUAGAGAAAACACUUCACUUUUUUAGUGAGUCUACAAAACUUACCUUAAGUAGCACCAGAAAAAUUGCAGCAAGUUCUUCAAUAAUAAAGCAGAAGUGGGAAAAUCAGUAGUUUAGAUGUUCACUGUGUGGCUUCAGUGAACCUCUGCAUCAGUUAUUCCUUGCUAAGCAUGAGGAUUGCUCUUCCACUUACUCACAGGUCACAUUGCUCCAGCACUAUGACAACUGCCAUUCCUACUGAAAGUAAAUGGCUUUAAUUUGUUUGACAUGUCAGCCUGUAGGCUCUUAUUAUUUCACUGCCUCUCAAUUUUCCACAGUUUUCUCUUCUUGCCCUCUGUCCCUUUUACAAGUUGAUGCUGUAUCUGUGACAGAAAUCAGGUCAGUAGCUUAAAACAGCUUUUGUAUUGGCUGUUAAGAUAUGAAAUCUUUAUUGCUUCAGUUUGUCUCUCUGUAACCACUAUGAGUAGGUGAAAUGCAGCUGCUUAAACAUAGCUGUCCAGACCAUCUUAGAUAUCAUAAGACAGCAGAGGCGUAGGAGAGCACAGGACUGGAAGAUAUGAUAUAGCAACUGGAGGUCAAGCAGGUAAUAGCAAAUCAUCUGAAGUGGCACUGAAAGUGUGAUUUAGGCAGCUGAAGUGUUAUUGGUUUUUACUUCUUUUUCUUCACUUUCUUUGUAUUACUUUGGCUUUUAUUUAUUGUUAGAAGAUCAAUAAAUCGAAUUAAAUGUGAAUGCUGCCGCCACAAUUCGUUUUUCUGAUUUGAAACAGCUUCUUAGUUUCACUGCAUGGGUUUGUCAAUGACAGCUCACAACCCCACAUAUCUAUAACAGCCAAAAAAUACGUGUAAAUUCUGGGAUAUGCUGAAGCAGGGAGCCUAUAGGUCUACUGAACUGGGGGGAAGCUACAUUUUCUGUUGUUAACCUAUGUGCCUAUGCAUCAGCACAGGUGCUAGUUAGUUCCAGACAAGUAAAAUCUUCCAAAAUCAUUGCCCGAUCCUCACAGGCAAUGGCAUCUCCCCAUCUACAGUGCUGAGGUGUUUGCACUCCAAGGACUCAUCGUGUUCUAGACCCACACUUUGUUGUCUGCAGUGCAAAUCUUGUCUGCUUGUCUGUAUUUCUCAGUCAUUAUUGACAAAGAUUCCUCCCUGCCUCUUUACAAGUGGCACUGUUGUCUAGUUGUCUCAGUAAAUUCUAUACAUGUAACAAAUAUGAGUUGUUGUUUAUUUUGGGUCCAAACAUAUUAAACUGUUUGCUGGCUUUUAGGUGUUUGAAAAACUGCAUGGAAGCUAGAAAUAUCAGCAGUUAACCAUCCUGGCAGAUGAUACUAUAGCUACCCUGGGAUAUUAUGAAAGGAAUUUUCUUGGACUAUACAGGGAGAUAAACAAACAGAAAUGUUGGAGCUCCAAAGGCACUGACAUACCGGAUGGCUGCACAUUAAUGUGCACUGUAACUGCACAAUUACACCCAAACUGGAGAUGCUUGAGAAGAACUCUUUCUACUAAUUUUCUUCCUAAGAGAAGUGUUUCUUACAAUUAUUCACCCUCCGCAGUCCCAUUCUGUGUGGUGUAAGCUUAAACACCUAAUAUAAAUACUAGGAUCUGGUUUGGAGGGCUAGUAGUCUCUAAAUAGAUAUUGUUCUGCCAAAAUCAGGUAUUUGGUCUGGUUCCUUCUGUUCUCAGGCCUUUGAACUGCAUUGUCAUACCUACAACACCUGGAAUACUACACUGAUGCUACAGUUGGCAGGACGCAUUAGGGCUUUUGCCUACAGGGACCUGGUGACUGACAUGGCUUCAGUGCUUGUGUUGUUGCAGCUCUCAGGCGUAAAUUAAGGGCUAAAUCACAAAAGCAGCAGCAUAUCUCUGCUGAGAAUAAUUUUUUUGCCUUCUGAUGGGGAGUGUUAGAAGAUCAGGGACUGACUACUUUGUCCUGCAAGCCUACACUGACUCUAAAUGAAAUGCAGACACCUUAGCUGGAAAAUGUGAAAAUGGUAAAUGAAGCAGAAGACAUGCACAUACAUAAAUGGAGACUUUUGAAAGACAUAUACAUAAUUCCCCUUUAAAAAGAAAAAGAAGACCGGCUGUAAUAAGGUAUAUAAAGAUUAAUGACCUUGUUUUUCCUGGACAGGCAUACAGAGAAAUGGAUGCGAAUCUAGAACUCCAAAUCGGUAUUUGGGAUUUCUCUCUUUAAGGACAUGGCAUGUCUUGAGUAUGGUCAUCUUAUAAUGGUACCCACAGCAGUAAGGACAUAGAGCUGGCAUGGCAUAGAGAUAGCCAGAAGGAAAUUUUAAAUGUGUGUAGAGUAGUGAUGUUGAUUUUGUUAAAACUUGGUUGCUCUGAAGACAGAAAAUCAUGGAUAGUUCUGGUCAAGGUAAAUGAGAACCACAGCUCCACAGCUUUCCAUUUGACACCCCACAGAAAUGUGUAAUGUUGCUUGUCCUUGGUUCUUGCAUCAGACAUGCCUAUGUAUUCUAAAUUCACUGCAUAAUAUAAAAUAAAUAGGCCUGGCACCUGUAGCUCAAACCAAAAGUACCCCCUCACAGUUGUCUCUUAGGUUACAGGGGCUCAGAUUCUUCCCAGAUUAUUUCAAGUCACCAGGGAAGAGCUGGGGUAGGGAGUAGGAGGUGGUGCGUUGGCAUCUGACCACGCUUUAAUUGCUGAGAAACAAUAUACAUUGCACUGGCUCCUCCCCACUUGCUUAUUUGCAGACUGAGCAUCAAAUUAAACUCUGCAGGACAAAGCAAACUCAGUCGACCUUUAGGACCAUAGAGCAUUUCAUUAAUUUCUCUUGAUGCAUAAAGCUUUAUUUUUCAGACUUUGAUGCAACAGCAUGGCUUGCCCUCAACAAUCAGAUGAGCUUGUCUUUUUUGUGAAUGGCAGGAAGGUAAUAGAAAGGCAGGCAGAUCCUGAAGAAUUGCUGCUGUAUUAUCUAAGAAAGAAGCUCCGUCUUUCAGGUACAAAAUAUGGCUGUGGAGUAGGAGGCUGUGGUGCCUGCACUGUGAUGAUAUCCACAUAUGAUCCUGUUGCCAAACUGAUACAUCAUCGUCCUGCCAACUCCUGCCUUCUCCCAUUAUGUUCACUGCAUGGUGCUGCUGUCAUUACUGUGGAAGGGGUUGGAAGCAUAAAAACCCGGAUUCAUCCAAUUCAGGAAAGGCUGGCCAAAUGCAAUGGCUCCCAGUGUGGCUUCUGCACCCCUGGAAUGGUGAUGUCCAUGUAUGCCUUACUGAGAAACCAUGCAGAACCUUCCAUGGAGCAGAUUAUUUCUGCUCUGGAUGGUAAUUUGUGCCGUUGCACAGGAUACAGGCCAAUUAUAGACAGCUACACAUCUUUUGCUAGGGAGCCAACGUGUUGCCAACUCAGAGGAACUGGACAAUGUUGCUUGGAUCAGGAGGAACGUGUCUGUUCAUCUUCUACAGGGGGUCAGAUCCUUUCAGGUCUUUGCAAUCCAGAACAAUUCCUGCCCAUGGAUCCAACACAGGAAUUUAUAUUUCCUCCUGAACUAAUGAGAAUGGCUCAAGAGCAGCAAAGAACAACUCUGAUUUUUCAUGGCAAAAGAACAACAUGGAUUUCUCCUCCUAGCCUGAAGAAGCUUCUGAAGCUGAAAGCCAAGUAUCCAAAGGCACCUUUGGUUGUGGGGAACACUACUGUGGGACUCAAAAGAAAUCACAGUGGUGCCUAUCAUCCAAUCAUUCUCCAUCCUGUUAGGAUUUCAGAAAUGCUUGUUGUGAGUAGCACAAGUGAUGGGCUAGUAAUAGGAGCUGCCUGCUGCUUGGCCCAGCUCAGAGACAUCCUAAUGAAGGCAGUCACAGAACUUCCAGCAGAGAAAACAAAAACAUACCGAGCUCUCUUGCAGCACCUGAGAACUCUAGCUGGAGAACAGAUCAGGAGCAUGGCGUCUUUAGGAGGACACAUUGUAAGCAGAGGAUCAUCCUGGGACUUGAAUCCAAUCUUAUCAGUUGGCAAAUCUGUCCUCAACUUGGCAUCAGAAGAUGGUAAAAGACAGAUUCUUUUAAACGAUCGUUUCCUUGCUGGCUGUGAGCAUGCAGACAUAAAUGCCAAGGAGGUCAUUGUUUCUGUUCUCAUUCCAUACUCUAUGAAGGAUGACUUUAUUUCAGCCUUCAGGCAGGCUGAAAGACAGAAAAAUGCUUUGUCCAUAGUGAAUUCUGGAAUGCGAGUGCUCUUCCGUCCAGGCACAGACACCAUUGUAGAUCUGAGUAUUUUAUUUGGAGGCAUUGGCUCGACCACACUCAGUGCAAGAAAGUCCUGUGAGAAGCUUAUAGGAAGGCAAUGGAAUGAUCAGAUGCUGAAUGAAGCUUGCAAACUGGUGCUAGAGGAAAUUGUUCUCCCUCCAUCAGCUUCAGGUGGAAAAGUAGAAUAUAGGAGAACUCUGCUUGUCAGCUUUCUUUUCAGAUUUUACCUGGAAGUGUUACAUGGUUUACAUCAGAUGUAUCCCUUCAGGUAUGCUGAGCUUUCACAGGAGAAGAUGAGUGCUUUGGGAAUGCUGCAAAGUGGUGUUCCCCAGGGUGUCCAGAUCUAUCAGGAUGUUGACCCAGGACAGUCUCCACAAGAUCCCGUGGGCCGUCCCAUCAGGCACCAGUCUGGAAUUAAGCACACCACUGGUGAGGCAGUUUUCAUUGAUGACAUUCGUCCCGUGGAUGGAGAACUCUCACUAGCUGUGGUCACCAGCGUUAAAGCCCAUGCAAAGAUCAUAUCAAUUGAUGCAUCAGAAGCCCUUCAGGUGCCAGGAGUUGUUGAUGUAGUGACAGCAAGAGAUGUUCCAGGGAAAAAUGGCAAAGAUGAGCAAGCAUAUGCAGAAGAUAAGGUGAUUUGUGUUGGUCAGAUAAUCUGUGCUGUGGUUGCAGAGUCAUUGACUCAGGCAAAGUGUGGGGCUGGAAAGGUGAAGAUAGUCUACAAAGAUCUGGACCCAAUUCUGACUAUUGAGGAUGCAAUAAAAAAUAAUUCAUACAUUACUGAACAAAGGAAAAUAGAAAAAGGAGAUAUUGUGAAAGGAUUCAAGUCUGCUGAUGAAAUAAUUGAAGGUGAAUUGCACAUGGGAGGACAGGAACAUUUUUACAUGGAAACAAACAGUGUACUUGUUAUUCCAAGAGUGGAGGAUAAAGAAAUGGAUGUGUAUGUGUCAACUCAGCAUGCAACAGAUGUACAGGAAUUAGUGGCUUCGGCUUUAAACCUCCAGUCCAGUAAAGUUAUGUGCCAUGUGAAACGUGUUGGUGGAGCAUUUGGUGGGAAGGUUACUAAACCUUCCCUCUUUGCUGUAAUUGCAGCUGUGGCAGCCAACAAGACUGGGCAUCCAGUCCGUUUUGUCCUGGAAAGAAAUAUGGAUAUGUUAAUCACUGGUGGACGGCACCCUUUCUUUGGAAAAUAUAAAGUUGGAUUCAUGAAUGAUGGUAGAAUAAUAGCUGCAGAUUUUCAGUGCUAUAUAAAUGGUGGCUGUACAAAAGAUGAAUCUGAGUUGGUGAUUGAGUACGUUGUGUUGAAAGUGGACAAUGCAUACAAUAUCCCCAACCUCCGAGUCAGGGGACAUGCCUGCAAGACUCACCUGCCUUCUAAUACUGCCUUCCGAGGAUUUGGGUUUCCCCAAGCAGGUCUGCUUAUGGAGACCUGUAUUGUGGCUGUGGUGACCCAAACUGGCCUACCACAUGAGAAGGUUAGGGAAACAAACAUGUACAAAGGAGUUAACCUAACAUCCUUCAAAGAAAAGUUUGAUGCAGAGAAUCUGUGGAAGUGUUGGGAAGAAUGUUUGGACAAAUCUGACUACUACAGUCGAAAAGCAAUGGUGGAAGAAUUUAACACUAAAAAUUAUUGGAAAAAGAAAGGGAUUGCCAUCAUUCCAAUGAAGUUUUCUGUUGGAUUUAAUGCAACUUAUUUUCAUCAGGCUGGAGCUCUUGUCCACAUCUAUAUAGAUGGGUCUGUGCUAAUCACUCAUGGUGGAAUUGAACUGGGACAAGGAAUUCACACUAAGAUGUUACAGAUUGCCAGUCGUGAACUGAAGAUACCACUGUCAUAUAUCCACUUCUGUGAAACAAGCACAACAACUGUACCUAAUGGCAAAUACACAGCAGGAUCAGUUGGAACUGAAAUCAAUGCAAGAGCAGUGCAGAAUGCCUGUCAAAUCCUUUGGAAGCGCCUGGAGCCUAUUCAAAGAGACAAUCCUGAUGGCAAAUGGGAAGACUGGAUCAGUGAAGCUCACAAGCAAAGCAUCAAUCUUUCAGCUACUGGCUAUUUCAAAGGUUAUCAUACAAACAUGAACUGGGACACACAGAAAGGCCACGCGUUCCCGUAUUUUCUCUUUGGAGUUGCAUGUUCUGAAGUAGAAAUUGACUGUUUGACAGGAGCCCACAAGAAUAUCAGAACAGACAUUGUCAUGGAUGCCUGUUUCAGCAUAAAUCCAGCUAUAGAUAUAGGACAGAUUGAAGGGGCCUUUAUUCAGGGGGUUGGUCUUUAUACAUUAGAAGACAUCUACUUUUCUCCAAAAGGAGAGCAGCUCACUCUUGGCCCAGAUACAUAUAAGAUCCCUGCUGUCUGUGACGUUCCUGAGCAGUUCUGUGUCUAUUUACUGCCCAAUUCACGCAACUCAAUUGCCAUCUAUUCUUCCAAGGGCAUGGGCGAGGCUGGAUUAUUCUUGGGCAGCUCAGUGUUCUUUGCAAUACGAGAUGCAGUGGCUGCUACACGGAAAGAAAGAGGAUUGUCCCUGGACUUCACACUGAACAGCCCCUUGACUGUUGAGCGGAUUCGCAUGGCCUGUGGUGAUGUCUUUACUGAGAUGAUUCCAAAAGACAAACCUGGAACCUAUAAGCCAUGGGCCAUCGAUAUAGCCUAGUACUGCUUUCCUAAGUAUCAACCAACCAUGUGAUUCCUUCAGCCACUUACUAAUCAAAAGCAUUCAUGCAAGAAAGAACUGUAAUACUUACAUGCACACAUGCAUACAUAUAUAUAUCACACCAUCUUUGCAGAAUAAGAUAUAAGCACCAGUUCCAUUGUAAGUCUCUAAGUAAAAGACCUCUCAUUAAUGUGUUACAUGCUACACUGGAAUGGUUGGGGAGUUAACUCAAGAACUUCAAAGCAUUUGCAUGAGAUUCUGAAAAUAUCUGCAGUGAAGAGCAGAUCACAAAUAGUACCAUUUUGUCACUUCUACAUCCAGUUUGAGAGUCACAGCUGUUGUUAUCUAUUUUUUCUGUUCUUCCAACAUACGAAAAUCCCAAAGAUCAAAAUUAGACAAUGUACAAAUUAGUGAUGGGCAAUGUAUCAAUAUUUCAGUAAAAGAGAUAUUCUGAAAGUACAUACUACCAAAUAUUUCUAGACACAGAUAUAUUAUUACCACUACAGUAACCACAGUAAUACACCAGUAAAGCUUCUUUGCUUCCUGGCAGCCUACCUCAAGCCUGCUCCUUACCACCAGAUCUCUUUGAACCACUAUCAACUUCGACCUCUCCUAGAGCUGGAAUAUAAUCACUGCUAUUCACUCACUGCCUCGUCAUCACUUGUUCCUCUUCUCCUCUUCCUUACCCACAGUUUUGCUCCUUCUUUCCAGCAAAAUGGUGAAGCAGAACAUAGCUGAUGCUUUCAUCUGUAGGUGAGGAGAAGGCACGAUGCAAGAGAGGUGUACUGGAGGUAGGAAGGGUUAAAGCAGGACAGGUUCCCAGUACCAGCUUCGAGUGACCAUAACACAGGUGAGGUUGCCCCUUGCAGUCAGCAGGCCUGCAUAGCAAUGUGUAGAUGAAAAGGUGGAGGGGAGCAGAGCUGAGGGAAACAGUGACAACAGAAGUUCAUCAUAGUGUGUCAGCUCACAAUUUAACUGAGCUGUGCCAAACAACUCGUACUCUGACAGAGAUUGUUUCAGAAAGGAGCUUUUAAAGUGAUCUGGUGGCAGCUGUGUGCUCAUUUCCCCAUGAGGAGAGGAGACUGAAAAGCAAGUGCAAAGGUAUUUGAGAGGGAGAAAAGGGAAUGGCUGAGCUAAGCCAACAUAGUAAUAUAUACAAAUCAAUAUUCGACUUUGAUAUUUGAUAGUUCAAAGCAAUCAAAUUUACAGUAAGAACACAUUUAACAACGUCAUUUUGUACCCAGAACACUAGCAUAAGAAAUAACUCUGGAGAUGCUUAAUGGGUAUUUCAUUAGUUCAGAUCCUCAUUAAAUAGACAGAAAUUUAGACUAUUUUCAUUUAUUUUAAGGGUGAGGCUUAAAUUAACUCAGUAUAGAAGAGAGUGCAACCUGCACACACCCUCAAAUAAGUCAUGUUUAAUUUAAAUCUGUAGAGAUACGACAAGAUUUUAUUCCUUUACAUGUAAAUUAAUAUUGCAAGUAAUAAGGAAAUUUCUAGCUUAUGUGGGUGAAGUUUUCCUGAUCAUUUCUCUUGGUAAAUGGUGAGAAAUUACAGCUAAUGGGAAAAGCUCAACUGUUAAUAGACUUUGCAGUUCUGUAAUAUCAAAGACUUCAGGAAGCUGACAGCAAGGAACUAUUAUGUCUUUUUGUUCCUUUCUGUAAAAUGCAAUUUUAAUAAUUUCUGAUUUAUCUUCUUGGCUUUUUACUUAAUUGUGAUUCAGACAAAUCCUCUCAGUUUAGAAUGAGUACCAAAGUAAUCAGGGUCUUGGGUUUAGAAUGAAUGGAGAAAUAUUUGCAAAUAUUAAGGUGAAAAUCCUUCCUCUGAAACUCCCUUAGGGUAUUUUUGAAUGUAGUAUUUUGGGGAUUUCAUCAGGCUGUUAACUGGAACCUGUAAAAAUGUUUCUUGAAUAAAAGCAAACUUGUAA